GGAGAACGUUAUUUCAUAACGUUCAUUGACGGCAAGUCGCAUCACCUCGUUGUCCACCUGAUGAAGACGAAGGACGAAGCCCUCCGCCACACCAAAGCAUAUUUCGAGCGCGCCGAGGCAGAAACGGGCAAACGCGCCAACAUCCUGCGC